AUGUUUCGUAAGAAGUAUCAGCAAGGACUUCUGUCCGUUCUAUACAGCUGUGGCUCGACACCGUUGGAAUUGUGGGACAUGCACGUGAAGAAUGGUUACAUACGAAGAGUGACAGAUGAGGAGGUGAAGUCGCUGGCUCUGGAGAUAGCGGGGACCAACGUGACGACGACAUAUAUAUUCUGUCCCCGGGACCCGAAGAAAGUUCUCGGAAUUAGGCUACCCUUUUUGAUCAUGAUCGUCAAGAACAUGAAGAAGUACUUCACGUUCGAGAUAACAAUUCUUGACGAUAAGAAUAUGCACAGGAGGUUCCGAAUGAGCAAUUUUCAAAGCACAACUCGCGUUAGGCCGUUCGGCACUUCGAUGCCGAUCGGGCUGUCCGGUGGGUGGAAUCAAAUUCAAUUUAAUCUGGCAGAUUUCACACGAAGAGCGUACGGCACCAAUUACAUCGAGACCACGCGAAUACAGAUUCAUGCGAACUGCCGGAUUCGGCGUGUUUAUUUCGCGGACAGACUUUAUCAGGAAGACGAGCUUCCAGAGGAUUUCAAGCUCUUCUUGCCGAUGCAUCGUAAAAAGUGUGUCAGAGAACCCGUUGAUAAAAAAGAAGCAAAGGAAACAGAAAAAAUUGAAGAUGCCGAACCGCCACCAUUCGAAGGGGUUGAAGGACCAGAUGAUGACGAGGAGGAAGAAGAAGAAGAAGAAGGGGAAGGAUUGAUAGACGAAGAACCGAUCGAGGAGGAAGCUACUCUUUCAGAAGCAGAGAAAAUGGAGGCUAGGGAGGAAGAAGAUGAAGAGGAGGAUGUUGAGCCCGCUGAAGCAACAGAUUACGAGGGCGAAGAUGAAGGUGGCGCGGAAGAUGAAGCUGAAGAAUCUGCAGGUGUUGCGCCCCCGAUGCAUCCAGGGGACGCGACGGAAGAGGAAACCGACGCGGAAGAAGCAGCAGCUGAUGACGAAGAGGAAGAAAUUCAGCAAUGAGUUGUGUAAUGUUGACGUAGUGUAAAUACUAAUAAAUAAAAUGUUUAUUUUUAUGCAGUUGAAAAUAGUUUAUAAAUA